AUGGAUUGCUUUUCAGGAUGCACUUCAUUGAUGUCUGUUGUGUUCCCUAGUAAAUCAGCAUCCAACUCAACUUAUAGUCACAAAAUGUUCGCAGGUUGCUCAAAAUUAGAAACAAUUGAUUUAUCAAAUGAAAUUGAAACAAUUCCUGUGAGCUGUUUCAAGAACUGCAUCUCUCUCAAGCAAAUAUCUAUACCAGAACAAGUAAAAAUAAUUGAUGAUGAAGCAUUUUCUGGUUGCACUUCAUUAAUUUUUACAAAUCUUCCAAAAACAUUACGAAGAAUAGGAAAGAACUGUUUCUAUUCAUGCACAAGCAUCACUCAACUAGAAAUUGACAAUGUAAACAUGACAUUUGAUGAUUAUUGUUUUUAUUAUUGCAGUAAUUUACAAGAAGUAACAUUUACUGAUAAUAAUAGUAUCAUUGGAAUAGGAAUCUUCAAAAAAUGCACUUCUUUGUCAAAAAUUAAUUUUGGCAAAUUAUCAAAAAUCAAUAAUUUAACUUUUUCUUCAUGUUAUGGAAUAAAAGAACUUACUAUUCCAUUAACCAUUAAAGUUAUUGGUGAUUACGCCUUCCAAAAUUGCUUCAAUCUUGAAAAAAUUUCGAUUGAAAAUUCUGAAAUUUCACUUCACAAUUUUGUUUUUGAUUCAUGUGUCAAAUUGAACAAUUUGCACAUCAAUGAACUUCUUUCGAAAUCAGUUGGAGCAUUUAGCGAUUGUAGCGGAUUAACUAAUGUUACUUUUGAUGAUAAUAUCAAUGUUUUAGAAGAUCAUUUAUUUGACGGUUGUAGCGGUUUGACAACUUUGAAUUUGACAAAUAUCAAAUUAACAAGAAUAGGAAAAUAUUGUUUCAACGGUUGCAAUAAAUUAACUCAAGUUAUUUUCCCAGAAAACUUAGAAUUGAUUGAUGAUUUUUGUUUUAAUUCAUGUAAUUCAUUGAUAUCGGUAACAUUUCCACAAAAAUUAGAGAGAAUAGGUAUAAAAUCUUUCAUGAAAUGUGAGAAAUUGUCAUCAAUUACUUUUCUAAACAAUCAAACAAGUUUAGGUGAUUAUUGUUUCAGUCAAAACAUUGCAACGACACAAUUUAUUUUCCCAUCAAUUUCUUCUAAAAUUGGUGAUGGUAUUUUAAGUGGUUGUUCGUCAAUUAAAUGGAUUGUUUGGCCUAAAAACAUCGAUAGAGUUCCAAAGUUCUUGUUUUCAGGAAAUCAAAAAUUAUUGACAAUUCAAAUUCCUGAAACUGUUUAUUGUAUUGAUGACAACGCAUUUGAAAACUGUUCUUUGUUAUGGAAAGUAUCUCUUCCAAUUAAUGUCAAGAAAUUAGGAAACAACGUUUUUAGCUAUUGUUCUCAAUUAAUUGAUAUUGAUUUAACAAAUGUUAAUGAAAUUGGAGCGAAUUGUUUUGGAAAUUGUCCUUGUUUGGAAUCAGUUAAUUUGACUUCUUUAGUUAAACCAAUACAAAACAUGACAUUUAUUAAUUGCAUAAACUUGAAGAGAAUAGAAAUGUCUCGUUUUGUUUCUGAAAUUGGCAGCCAAGUUUUCAUGAAUUGCGAUAGUUUAGAAGAUAUAGUUUUGCCGCAAGUUUUAACUAAAAUUGGAGAGUACUCUUUCGCGGGAUGUUCCAAGUUAUCAAAUGUUAUUUUCUAUUCAACAUAUUUACCAAAAUAUUUGUUUUAUAAUUGCAACAGUUUGACAAAAAUCACGUUAAAUUGCCAUAUCAAUAGAAUGGAAGAAGGAUGUUUCGAGAACUGUUAUUCACUCAGAGAGAUAAAUAUGUCUAAAAUAACAGGAGAAAUUGCUCCAAGAGCAUUUUGUAAUUGUUUGUCAUUAAUGAAAUUGGAAUUUAGUGAUGAACUCAAAAUUAUUGGAAAUUAUAGUUUCUAUUCUUGCACGAAUUUGGAAGAGUUAAUCUUGUCGAAAUCAGUUGAAAAGAUUCUUCCUUUCGCCUUCUAUAAUUGUCCUUACUUAUCUUUGAUUUCAUUUAAUGAGAAUCUUACAGAAAUUGGUCAGUUUUCUUUUUAUGGAUGUAAGAAUUUAUCGAAUUUAGAACUACCAGAAAAGAUUUCUUCAAUAGGAAAAUACGCUUUCUAUGGCUGUAAAGCGCUGUCAAAUCUAACUAUUAAAUGUGAUAUUGAUUUCAAUUACAAGUUUGAUAUCUCUAAUCAUAUCAAAUUUGUCAGUUUCAAUAAUGAAAAUUUGACAAAACUUGUUUCAUUGAAACUCUUCAAAUAUAUGAAGAAUUUAACUAUAUUUAAUGUGUCAAAAGAAAUUGUUAUUGAUAAUAAUUUAUUUGACUUGAAUACUGAGUUGAAUGUUCAUGUUUAUUCUUCAAUUAAAAAGAUCGAAUCAUCAGCAUUUAAAGAUGUUGAAAUACAUGAUUUUGUUUAUUGCGGAGAGAAUGGAAAUUUCUCGGAAAGUGAUGACUUCCUGAAGAAUGCAAAGAGUGUUAAUAAUGUCAUUGUUUCAAAGAAGUACAAACUCAAUAAAUUUGGAGGAAUGAAAGUCACGAAAGAUAAUUCAUACUGUGGCAAUAACUCCAAAUCAAUUUCGACCGCAUUAUUAGUUUCAUUAAUUAUCAUAUCUAUUGCUGUUAUUUUAGUUAUUGUUUUAAUUUUGUUUUUACUCUAUAGAAGGAAGAGAUUCCAUCACAAUCCAGCGAUUUCUGUGUCGAUGGAGAAGAAUUCUCAAACAUAUUCUCAAAUAUAA